AUGGAUUUCUCCGACAGCAACAUGUGGCGUGAUCUUCUACUUCAAGCAGUCCUAAUUCUAGCUACAGUUUUCAUGUUCCUUUUCAUGUACAAUAUUCCCCAGAAAUUCUUCUCGAAGCUUCGCCUACGAAACCGAGCCGAUAUGCAAGCGAAGCGCCAUUUCGUCCAAGGAGCUCAGCUUCUUUCUCAAGCCAAAUCAUCCGCCGCCAAGGAUCGAUCCGCCGCCGCUUCGCUUGCCAAAUCUGCUGAAGCCGAAGCUGACUUAGCCAUCGCUUUAGACCCGAGAGAUGCCGCGGCUCACAUACUCAAGGCUUUAGCUCUCGAUUUGCAGGGUUUUAAGACGUCAGCUCUUGAUUCGAUUGAUAUCGCGCUUUCGCCGCUCGCCGUGAAGUCGCUGUCGGAGCCGGAGAAAGCGGAUGCUUUGUUUAAGCGAGCUGAGUUGAGACUCGCUGUGAGUCGACGCGGACAAGUUGACUCGGUCAUUGAAGAUUUGACUGAGUCAGUUCGUUUGAAGGGCGAUAAUGUUAAGGCUUUUUGUUUGUUGGGCGAUUGUUACGAGAAAAAAGGCUUAACAGAGGAGGCCCAAGAGGUUUAUGAAAAAGCCCUAAAAGUUCAGCCCAAUUUUGCUCCUGCUCGAGAGGCACUUGACCGAUUGAAUUCCGAGUCUUGA